GUUAAUGGAUAUGAAUAGCAACAUUUUGUAUUCCCUGAAAUUUAGAGAAAAGAAAGAUGGUGGUUAAAAAAGAAAGCAGGAAAGCGAAAGACGAGGCAAGGGACUCGAACAAUGCGGGAAAUUAAUAAAAUAUUUACGUUCCCACGUCAACGCCCAAAUUGUGUUUCUCCGUUCACUAAUUUUUAUUUUAUUUUUUUACUGUGAUUUUCCCUUUCGUUUCGUCGCUUCCUCAAACAUGCAAAAGUGAAGAAUUUUCUCGACGAAAAUCAAUCGCCAUUUUUGAAUGCUUUGUCGUAUUUUCUUCAUUUAUUAUCGUUAGGAAUUUUAUAGGGGGUCUUUGAGAUUGGAAGAAAAUGUCAUGGAUAAGAACGGUUGUUAGUAGAGCCGUGGAAGUAGGCGGAAAGAAUACCCUGAGACGCACUGUAUGGAGUGUCGCCGAUUCCGUCGUCUUCGGUGGUGCCAGGAAGAUCCAUAACCGCAUUGCGGCUAGGAAUAUGCAGAAUCUUCGAAUAAAUGUAAAGAGACUUGAAGAAGUUUCGGUAUCAUGUACAGGAGUCGAGAGGGUCCAGCUUUUAAGACGCUGGCUGGUGGCCCUUAAAGAAAUCGACAGAUUAUGCAAUGAUCAACAUGAUAAGAAGAAUAUUAUUCAUGAGGAUAAUAAUAAUAACAUUACUAAAGAUGAUAACAACAGCGACAGCUGUGGCACUACUGCUAAUGAUAAUGACAGAAACAAUGUCGAUCAGUUCUCUUACGAAGAGAUCACGGAUUCAACCCAAAAGCCAACUUUGGUGUAUUACUAUGACCCUGAAAUCGGGGAACCAAUGAAUUUUCGGGAGGUUUUUCUGUAUAGUCAAGCUCUUGAAGGGAUGACACUGUCAAUGAUUCUUGUAGCACCAAAUGAGGAAGAGGUUUCACUAUUUGCGGAAAUACUUAGGAUCUGUAUUGAAGGAGGGAAGGAAGUUCAUGAGACAGUAAUGAGCAGCAUAAUGACCUUAUCAGUGGCAUUCUCAAACUAUCAAGAGGAAGUAUUGAUACAACGAGAAGAAUUGCUCCAAUAUGCUCAAACUGCAAUUAAAGGGCUCAAAAUAAAUGUUGGUCUUGCAAGAAUAGAUGCUGAGGCUUGCGGUCUAAAGGAAAAACUUGGAGAAUUGAAGGAACUCCAGAGCUCUUCAAGUGAAGGUCAAGUAGAAUUUUCUGAAAAACAAACUGCUGCAAUGAUAGAGGCUCUUAAGGAAGCUCUUGGCUUAAUCAGGCUAUAUUCCAGAUUGGAGGCACUGUUACUAAAGAAAAAAUCUUUAAGCAAUGGGGAUACUCCAGAACUUCAUGCUGAAAAGGUCGAUAAAUUAAAAGUUUUAUCAGAAUCUCUCGUUAACUCAACAUCAAAGGCUGAAAAGCGCAUUUUAGAGCAAAGGGUUCAGAAAGAAGCAGCAGUUAGCUUUCGUAUUGCUAAAGCCAACGAAGUCAACCAACAAGAGAAGAAACUGGAAGCUGGGAUUCUAGAGCUUGAAAAGCGAAAAGAUGAACUUGAAGCUGAGCUUAGAAAGGUCAAUGCAUCACUUAUGGCUGCUCGUGUACGCCUUAUCAAUGCUAGGGAAGAGCGAGAGCAAUUUGAUGAUGCCAGUAACCAGAUUCUAUCACAACUGUCAUCAAAGGAAGAGGAAAUUUCGAAAUCGAUUGCUUUAUGCCGAGUAGAAGCAGAUGUUGUUAAUGCGUGGAUUCAUUUUCUGGAAGAUACGUGGGCUCUCCAAACCACCUACCUUGAGCAAAAGGAGAAGCAGGUCAAUGGUGAACUAGAAAGAUAUGGAGAAUAUUUUGUGAAUCUGGUCUCUCACCUUCUAAUUGCUUACAAGGAACAACUCGGGCCUUCCCUCACAAGAAUUAGGCAGCUAGUGGAGAAUUUGGCCUCAACUGAAACAGCUAAGGACCAAAGAAGAAAUCUUGAAGAAGAAUAUCUAAGCCUUGAAUCCAAAUUUGUAAGUACCUUCAGUGUAGUGGGUUCAAUGAAAACACAGAUUUAUUCUCCAAAUGAGGGAACAUACAGGAAGAAAGAUGACAAGCUGAAAGAGUUAUUUGAUUAUCUUGAAAGUAUAAGGGAAGAAUUUGAAUCCAUUGAGAGACCGAUGUUGGAUCUUGAAAAUCCAACUCAAACAUUAGAGUCACCAUCCACCACCAAGUCGCCGAUAAGUCCGUGGUCACGAUUAAAGUCUUCCUUAAAGAAAGCGGAUCACAAGAAACUGAAGUUCGAGUUGGAACAAGACGACGAAGAGAGUCUAGAGGAUGAAACAGAUGAAAUCGUAGAAUGGGAAUACGAUGCAUUCGAGAAGGACCUAAUACCCAACUAACUAACCAAAUAUCUGCCUAAUUUAUCUGGUUUGCAUUAUGAAGAAGAUA